CCCGAGGCCGUCGGAGCGAGCGUACGCGUAUGCCGCGGACUGUGAGUGAACGUUUCAAGUGAUUAUAUCGAAGUUUCUACCCUUUGUUGAGAUUUGGUUUUACUUUGUGCUAUCAGUUACUUCCAACUGCGAUAACAAACUUGGAAAAUUGAAAUUUUCUAAGAGUAUUAGUGAACAGUUGAAUCUGUCAGAAGUUUGAUUAGCUGGCAUUUACUCCAACCUUCCUCAAUUUAGGAUAAAAAAAAAUCCAAACUUGCUUCAUUCCGCCAUGGCUCCGCCUGCUCAGUUCGUCCCCAAACAGCACUCCCUCCGCCUCCAGACUGACUCCUACCUAUACAGUUGAGCUCUCAACAUGGUUAAGUAGUGUAUAAGACUAAUAAUGAGCUUAUAAGUUAAGUGGAUAACAUGCCUUACUACGGGUAUCGGGAGGGGGAGUCGGACUCGGGAGGGGGGUCCGAGUCCGACGGGGACUCGGAGGGGGGGAUGAGCACGGAGAGCUCGGCGGGGCAGGGGCUGCCGUAUCCGGGGUUCACGCCGGUGGCGCUCCGGUAUCUGACGCAGGACUCCAGGCCGAGGAGCUGGUGCCUCAAGCUGAUCACCAAUCCAUGGUUCGAGAGGAUAUCCAUGCUGGUGAUCCUGCUCAACUGCGUCACGCUGGGCAUGUACCAGCCCUGCGUCGACGACCAGUGCGUCACCAACAGGUGCAAGAUAUUACAGGUUUUCGACGACAUUAUCUUCGCAUUCUUCACUUUGGAGAUGACGAUCAAAAUGGUCGCCAUGGGGGUGUACGGCCACGGCACAUAUCUCGCCGACUCCUGGAACCGCCUGGAUUUUUUCAUUGUUAUGGCAGGGGUUUUAGAAUACGCGUUACAUGUCGAGAACAUCAAUCUAUCGGCAAUAAGAACAAUUCGGGUGCUGCGGCCGUUACGGGCGAUCAAUAGGAUACCAAGUAUGCGAAUCCUAGUAAUGUUACUACUGGACACCCUACCCAUGCUCGGCAACGUCCUGCUGCUAUGCUUCUUCGUCUUCUUCAUAUUUGGCAUAGUGGGGGUCCAACUGUGGGAAGGGAUCCUCAGGCAACGUUGUGAGAUGGUGCUACCACCAGGCACACUGCGACCCAAAGACCUGUCCGAAUGGUACAGAGUGCGCGUCAGAGUCAACUCCAUAUCCUUUUACUACGAGUUCUCAAAAGAGUUGGACUACAUAUGCACAACACCAGAAGACAGUGGGAUGCACCUUUGCGGCGAUUUCCCGCCGUACCGGUACGGGCCGCUCGUCUGCAACGAGACCGCAAAACCCUACCCGUCCCGCAAUGAGCCGACAAACGUGUCUUGUGUAAACUGGAACCAAUACUACACCAACUGCACUCAAAGGGGAUCCAACCCGUUCCAAGGCACGAUUUCCUUUGAUAACAUCGGGCUCGCUUGGGUUGCUAUAUUUUUGGUUAUAUCCUUGGAAGGCUGGACGGAUAUUAUGUAUUACGUGCAAGAUGCUCACAGUUUUUGGGAUUGGAUAUAUUUUGUUCUUUUGAUUGUGAUUGGAUCAUUCUUCAUGAUAAACCUCUGCCUCGUCGUCAUCGCGACUCAGUUCAGCGAGACGAAGAAACGCGAGAUGGAGCGCAUGCGCGCUGAAAGAGCGCGUUUUACAUCUUCUUCGACGCUUGCGUCGUCGACCAACAAUAGCGAACCGGCGACGUGCUAUGCUGAGAUUGUGAAGUAUGUGGCGCAUUUGUGGAGGAGGUUUAAACGGCGGAUGGCCAAGAAAAUCAGGUUAUACCGAUACCAGCGAGCUCAAGUGCAAUGGCGUACAAGCAGAGAAACUCUUCAAUUGCCAGCGAACAAGCCCAAGCAACACCAUCCCUGCUGCCCACGGGUUCAUCCUCAGACCGGGAAGGAGGAGGGGGACGAGCCCCUCGGGCGGCCGAGCCUGUUGCGCGUACCUUCGCUCUCAGCCGCCGACCUCGAGAAUGCGUCAAACCUCUCGCUCCUUUCACCACCAUCACUGGCCCGAAGACGCUCGUCAGUGAUGUUCAGCGAUACAGUCCUGCUACACACACCGAAUUCACCUCACGGCGGACAUCCCCACAAUGUCUGCUCAUCAGAGAAAAUGACACAAACAGAGUUCGACCUGCCGACAGGCGACACGGCAGAGGAGAGAGCGGCGGCAGUUGGAACCAUGUCCUGCCAAGAACUCCUGGCACUCUCUGGAGCCUUAUCAGCCGCACUGCCUUCCGGACAAGUCACUUUGGACUCCUUUUUUGAAGAAUUGACUAAAGGCAUUAGCAAAAGGGCUGGUGACGACAAAGACUGUAAGGGUCAUGAUGUAGAAGACUAUUCAUGUUGCGCGGAACUACUGGCAGCCGAGGCAGCGGCAAAAGAAGCGCGAAAGGGGCGAUUUACUAGUGCUUGUUCGAUAUUUUGGCGAAAAAUAUCAAAGUUUUUUUCUUUUUUAAGGAAACAUAUAAAAAAUGUAGUAAAUCACAAAUAUUUCCAGCAAGGUAUACUAUUAGCUAUACUAAUUAAUACUUUAUCAAUGGGAAUUGAGUACCACAACCAACCCGAGGAAUUGACAGUAAUAGUAGAAAUCAGCAACGUUGUAUUUUCUGCAAUUUUCGCUGUUGAAAUGAUUCUUAAAAUCAUUGCAGAAGGUCCUUUCAAGUAUAUUUCCAAUGGGUUCAACGUUUUCGAUGGAGUUAUUGUAAUCUUAAGUGCAUUUGAAUUAGCGCAAAGCUACGGCAACGAGAAGGAACUGGCCGGCAACUCUGGACUCUCCGUGUUGCGCACAUUCAGACUUCUGCGCAUCCUAAAGUUGGUUCGCUUCAUGCCCAACCUGCGCAGGCAGCUGUUCGUCAUGCUUCGGACCAUGGAUAACGUCGCCGUCUUCUUCUCACUUCUAGUUCUGUUCAUUUUUAUAUUCAGUAUUCUGGGCAUGUAUCUAUUCGGUGGUAAGUUUUGCAAGUUCGUCGAAGACAACGGCGCCGAGCGCGACUGCACUUGCCCUGAGAUCAUCUCGCACCACCCCAAGUGUGAGUGCGACAGAAAGCAUUUUAAUAAUAUCCUGUGGGCUACCGUCACCGUCUUCCAGGUUUUGACGCAAGAAGAUUGGAAUGUUGUACUGUUUAAUGGUAUGGAAAAGACGAGUCACUGGGCUGCAUUAUAUUUUGUUGCCCUAAUGACUUUUGGAAACUAUGUGCUAUUUAACUUACUGGUGGCUAUUCUAGUAGAAGGAUUUAGUUCUGAGCGGAACGAAAGGAGGGAGCGAGAGCAGCGCGAGCUGGCAAAGUCAAAAUUGUCUAGCGAGUGUUUCUCUGACAACAACGAAAAUCAAUAUGACGAGUCAAACUCGGGAUCACAUUCCAGUGACAGUUUCUCUCAGAACGAAAUAAAAAACUAUUGGAAAUCAGCUGACGAUAUUCGAAAAGCCAAAGACGAUGUAAAUGGACAUAAGGAUAAAGUUAUUCGAUCACGAAGAAAGACGACCAGUUCAGGACAUCACCCGACGCUUUGCAAAGACUGCGCACAGUCCAACAAAUGUAACAUACAAAAGGAAUCCAAAAUGCUUGCAAAUAAUACUGGAGUAGAGAUUCCCAACCUACCCAUGAUCACACACACUGCCGCUACACCACAGGACUCCCCGUCCACGACCUUGGAACCAGGAGUGUCGUUCAAGGACUUCCCUGUGGCACUCAAUUUGGAGAAAUCAUCGAUGCUGUCGAGCAUGGAAUCGAUUGAUAGGACUUCGUGCACCAGCAUACCCGGUUUACUAAAGCCUCCAACGCUCUCAGGAAUCAACAGCUACACUCUAACCCUGCAUUCAGCCACAUCCCAGCUAGGAUCAGAGAAAGCCAGACUGCCCCCACUAACUUUAUCCCCCCACCCCGUCCGACCCAUAUCAUUAUCGUCAGGUUCCUCAACCCCCACUACUACGAGGUCGAUGCCAUCUCCAAUGAUGCCUGAGAAGAACCUACAGAUUGUGAUACCGAUUGCAAAAGACGAUAAUUGUAUCAACACUAGUGAUAAAUCUAGUCUUCUAAGCUCCCAAAAAUCAGUGACUCUCCAAAGUCCGCCCUCAAACGGAGAAGACAAGUGCCGGGUCCAGCGCGGCUACAGCUGGCGUCUGUCCCGACCGAGCCUCCGGAAGAAACCGAAGCACCGGACCGGGUCCGAUUCAGAAGCCAUCAUACUGAAUAACGGACGGGACCAUGUCGCUUGUAAUGGGUCCAGCCUCCGCAAGAACGAGCUGCUUCUCUCCUCUUCCAUCAUCAAGAAUGACACACAAUCGGAGUUGCCCAACAACAGAGCCAAGUCGCAACUGCCGGCUCCCAGGGUGCUACCACAAACUGCUAGGAAAGUGUCCGCUCACACUGCACCACUGCUUCCCGAUGAAUCUUGGAAAGCACCAGAAGCCGGAUUUUCAUCGGACUCGACGAUCCGGCUCGACACGGUGAAAUCACCACCCCACCGGCUAUCCCUCACUAACGAUUACUUAACAGUAACAACAGUAUCGGAGGUAAAGUCAAGCAACCUGCCUCCCACGCCACCUCAGCUGCAGCUAAAGCCAAAGUCUCCACGCCACGAGACGCCUGUGCCAGCACGACCGAAGAACCAGUCGCUGCCGCUUGUCAAGCAAAUCAAUGAAGAGGUGACGAUCAACAACAACGUCAGCAUAAUAACAUCGCGCUUCGACAGACGACGGUACCGGUUCAAGGACCUCUUCCGAUUCAUGGAACCCACGGGGUGCCUCAAAGAAAAAGAAGACUGGUCUUUGUACAUCUUCCCGCCAGGAAAUAAGAUCCGGCAGCUCUGCACAUGGAUGGUGACCCGCGGGUGGUUCGAUAACAUCGUGCUGCUCUUCAUAGCACUCAACUGCAUAACGCUGGCCAUGGAACGGCCCAACAUCCCGCCUGAUUCUAAGGAACGGGCUUUCUUGUCUAGCGCUAAUUAUGUGUUCACUGUUGUGUUCGCGGUGGAAAUGUUUAUCAAGGUGGUAGCAUCAGGCAUGUUCUACGGGCCAGACGCGUACUUCACAUCAGGUUGGAACAUCAUGGAUGGAUCGCUGGUCAUCAUAUCCAUCAUAGACCUGCUAAUGUCGCUCGUCUCAGAGUCUAGCCCGAGGAUCUUUGGCAUAUUGCGGGUAUUCAGACUACUGCGAUCUCUGCGGCCGCUGCGAGUGAUCAACCGAGCGCCCGGACUGAAGCUCGUGGUGCAAACUUUGCUGUCCUCUCUGAGACCCAUCGGGAACAUCGUGCUCAUUUGCUGCACCUUCUUUAUUAUUUUCGGCAUCUUGGGAGUGCAGCUGUUCAAAGGCGCAUUUUUCUACUGCGAAGGGGCCAACAUAAAGAACGUAAAGAACAAAUCCGACUGCCUCGCCAUAGAAGGCAACGUGUGGGUGAACAGGAAGUACAAUUUCGACGACCUCGGCAAAGCUUUGAUGUCCCUAUUCGUGCUGAGCUCCCGGGACGGAUGGGUCAAUAUUAUGUAUACGGGGCUUGAUGCCGUUGGCGUGGAUCAACAGCCAAUAGUGAACUACUCCGAAUGGCGUCUCCUGUACUUCAUCGCGUUCAUACUUCUUGUGGGAUUCUUCGUGCUGAACAUGUUUGUGGGCGUGGUGGUGGAGAACUUCCACCGCUGCCGUGAGGAGCAGGAGAAGGAGGAGCGGGUCAGGAGGGCGGCGAAGAGGCAGCUGCAGAUGGAGAAGAAGAGGAGAAAAAUGCAUCAAAGACCUUACUACGCAGAUUACAAUCAAACAAGACUAUUCAUCCACAAUGUGGUCACCUCCAAAUAUUUCGACUUGGCCAUUGCUGGAGUCAUCGGUCUGAACGUAGUAACAAUGGCAAUAGAGUACUACAGAAUGCCUCCAGUACUCCAAUACGCCUUGAAAAUAUUUAACUACUUCUUUACAGCAGUCUUCAUCCUAGAAGCCAUAAUGAAACUAGUAGCAUUAGGGUUCAAGAUAUACUUGAAAGAUAAAUGGAAUCAAUUGGACGUAAUAAUUGUUAUUUUAUCUAUAGUUGGUAUAGUGUUAGAAGAAUUAGAAACAAAUAUAAUACCAAUAAACCCUACAAUAAUGAGAGUGAUGAGGGUAUUGAGGAUAGCAAGGGUGUUGAAGCUGCUUAAGAUGGCGAAAGGGAUCCGGGCUCUGUUGGAUACGGUGAUGCAGGCGUUGCCGCAAGUAGGGAACUUGGGACUGUUGUUCUUCUUAUUGUUCUUCAUUUUUGCCGCUUUGGGCGUUGAGUUGUUUGGACGACUGGAGUGUUCUGAUGAGAUUCCUUGUCAAGGUCUCGGCGAGCACGCUCACUUUGCCAACUUCGGUAUGGCAUUCCUGACCCUCUUCAGGGUCGCCACCGGUGACAACUGGAAUGGCAUUAUGAAAGACACGCUGCGUGAAGAUUGCGACAGCAGUGUAGACUGUGUCCGCAACUGUUGCGUCUCCACCAUCAUAGCGCCCAUCUUCUUUGUGGUGUUUGUGCUGAUGGCUCAGUUCGUGCUGGUUAACGUUGUGGUCGCUGUCCUGAUGAAACACUUAGAAGAAUCCCACAAACAAAUGGAAGACGAGAUCGACAUGGACGUAGAGCUGGAGCGCGAGUUGGAGCGCGAGAUCGACGACGAGGAGGACCGCGCGCUGUGCCGCGCGCUCGAGCAGGUGGCGGCGCCGCGGCCGCUAAGCAAGGUACCCUCCCUCCCGGCCAACUUCACCUACAGCGAGCCGAAGCACCCGCCGGCACCGUCCCCCGCACGCCUCGCCCGCCGCCGGCGCACGCUUCACUCGCACCACGCUUUGCUCCCGACGUCGCUACCGCCGAGACGCGCUUCCCUCUCACCUCAUGCGUUUGGACGUCGCCGACAGGAUUCUACCACCGAACCGCCCGCGGCGCUCUACGAGGAGGACGCGCGGUUCAUCGACGCGGACGACGCGGACGAGCUCGACCCCGGCAGCCCCCCGCGACGCGACUCCUUUGCGCAAAAUCGAAGACAACGCGUGGACAAGCGCAACUCCUUGCGAGGCGAGGAGGCGAGGCUUCUUCGGCCAGUCUUGCUAGCUGUGCCUACAGCCCGACAGAACGUUAGGACUAGCGGUCCUAAGAGGAGAACCUCCGAAUCCGGUAGCGUAAGUGACGCGAGUCAGGUCUCGGUGCGCCCUCAGCUCGCUCCCGAGAGCGGCGAGCAACCCAUCAGCGAAGAAGAAAAGAUCAGGAUAGUGAUAGCGGAGCGACGGAAAAUGGACGCGGCUCGGCCGGAGCCCGAGGAGGGUGUCGAGCUGGCGGAGCGCGGCUCCUAGUCCCGGCGGGGCCGGCCGCACCAGCACCACGAGGUCUACAUCUAGGCGCCCGCGCCCGGGUCAACCUCACUCCCACCUUCCUCCCUCCGUCUUCUUCUGUCGAACGGUAUGGAACUGUUGAUGUUUGAACUCGGUUGCACGACAGUGAUACAUUGACACAAUUUUAAAAACACGCUUAUAGUUUUGACAUUAGUGCGGUGUUACGUUUUCGGUCCGACCGAUUGAGUGAUAACGUGUAAGACAUUUGGUGUGAUCAUUUCCCGUCUUUGGUCUUCGUGUACCUUAACUCCAAUUCUUACUUUUCCUAUGCGGCCGGUUCAAUAACUAGUAAAGAGACUUCAAUAAAUUUAAGCUAAGUUGUAAUAGAAAUAGGUAGAUAGGGUUAGGUCUAGUCAAUUUGUUGUGGUGAGAUUUUUUCUACGAGAGCUAUGGGUACUUCAAAUAUUAAUUAAGUAAUUUCAAAUAACGGUGCUUGCUGUUGAAUUGUAUUAGUUAUUCGUAAAAGUUCUCCUAAAAGUGUUUCCAAAGAACCUCAACGAAGGAUAUGAUUUAUUGUAUAUUUGUAUAACUAAGUUAAUUUUUGUUAUCGUGUGUAGCAAAUAUAUUUUAUUUAUUACAUGUAAAAAUAUAAUAUUAAAUGUUGUUAAAAUGUAAAUUUUAUGACUUAAGAAUGGGUUUCGAAUCAUUGAAUAUUAGAAUAAUGUAAUCCAACGACUCGAAUGAAAAACGCCUAUGGUUAUCUAUUAUUUCGAGGGUAAAUGUUUUAGUUUGGACUUAUAAAAAAUCUUCUAGUCAACGACUGUCUCUCAUAGUAAAUUGUUAUAGCUAGACAUUGAUAUAGUAAGGAUCUAAAACAGAACCAAUAGUUGGCAAAUCGAUUAUAACUCUCUCUAAGAAUGAAAAAGUAUUUUCUGAAUAUAAAAUGAAUCCUAUUUUCUUACAGUCGUGUACGUAACUUAGACGUGUAACUGGCAAUACGCACAUACAGUUAGCGUAGAGUAUUAUCGUAGUAUCGCUGAGAACUUAGGUUGGACGGAGAUCGUCGUGAUUGUGGCCGCUAUGUUCUGCACAAAAUUAUCGUUGGAAUGUUUAGUGUUAUCAUUAUUUGUGCCAAAUUUACCUUAUUUUUACUAAACAUGGCGUAGGUGGCCAUUUUCGAAAAUUGGGACGCAAAAUUAGUGAAAAACUACAAUUAAGCAUGAAAUUUCAAUAAAAAUAUUGCUUUUGUUGGUUUUUAAAGACAUUUUAUUCUUAAUUGUCGUCAAAAAACUUAAUUUUUGUUAACUAACUGGCACUAAUUUUGGGUCCCAAUUUCUGAAAAUGCCCAGGUACUGAAUAUAAAUGAAAAGCUACUGUUCUAACAGUCCUUCUUUGCGGCUACGUCCCUUUACAUACAUUUUAUAUGAGGUCCCGGUAAUUAUACCGCAAACGUUUUCGCCGAAUUACAGAAUUAAUAUUCAGUUAUUUUGUACAAUCUAUCUAAAUUCAAAAGAGAUUUUACAUGAACGCUUUUAAAUUGUUUUUUUUUUAUUCAACAAUGCAAUGCAAAAAGAAUGCCAAACUAUCUUAGGUAGGUACCUACUUUAGUUAGCCUUGUUAGGAAUCAAUUUCUGUAUCAUUUCUAAUUUGUACCUAUGUGACUCGAAUACAGAGAUGAUUUUUAAAAGGAAUUUAAUGUCAUCUAGGGAAAAAACUAAAUGCUCAAGUCGUUGACGUUAUACUAGUAGUCUACCGUUCUGAUUAUUGAAACACGCACGUUCUUAAUUAUCUCCAUAGACACAAUGAGAAGUACUACAAUGUCCCAGAGUCAUUCAGUGACAUUAUUUCUCUCUUACAUUGAAUUUACCCUAAUGUCCUUAAAUCCGUUUAAAAAUCACAAGAGUCGGUCCCUGCCCUACGAACGAAUUAAGGCGUAGUUAGGGAAGAGAGCAAUAAAUUUUAUACUUCAACUGUGCCUUUCCUAUUUCUAAUGUACUAGCUUGUGAAGAUUGUUGGGACUCUGAACUUAUAUGUAUACUGUAGGAUUGGGGGACUAUAAGCUAUUUAUUAUAUAAUGUUAAAUUCUUCAAAUAUAUAAUAUAAUUUCCAAAGAGAUAGCUUUUAGAACUUUAAAUAUUUUGUUUCUGCUCCGAUUCCUUUGUCAGUCUUCAAAUAUUUGGAUCAAUACCCAAGGAUCACAAAUUCGCAAGCAAAAUGUAAUAAAAGUUAUAAUUUUAAUCUCGUAUUGUUCUUUGAGAUUGGGAAUCCAUUUCGUUAAACUUUGGAAUUGAAAACGAAAAGGGUUAACAUUUAGAUUGCUUUAGAUAUUUGUGAAAUUCGAGAUUUCAAUCUAGAAAUCAAUCAACAUUGUCAGAACAUCAACAAUUGUUAAAAGUUAGUCUUCUCAAUAAAAUGAAUUGAAGUGUUAGAAAAAAUUAUCUAGUUGUGAGACAAAAUAUAACAAAUUCAUCAUUAUGAAAUGAAAAGUAUGUUAUAAAAUGAAAAAUGAAACCACUUAAUAUAUGUAUAUUUUCCCUUGCCACACUUUACAUAUGUAAACCUAUUAUUAUUUUUAACGUAACAUUACAAGCUGUGGUAAAAUCAUGCAAAAGCGAAUGCCAACGUGUGUUGUACGUGACAUUUCGCUCUGCGCAAGUUUGCUUUACCACUGUUACAUUUUUUGUCCGCAUUUAUACAAAAUAUUCCACUCUGAGUUUACAGAAUCCUCAAACAUUGAAAACAGCUAGUUUGUAUUCGAGGAAAGACAAGCUAACGUCGGCAUUAAAUAUUUCUCUUGUUGCUCCCGUACAGCGACUGUGCCACUGCAUUUUUAAUGUAUUUUUAACCGCCUUCCAAAUCUCAAAGGAAGGGGUUAUCAAGUCGUCUGUAUGUUUUUUUUAUUUUUUUUAUUUUUUUUA